GGCGGGGGGCAGAGCAUGGGCCUCACCUCCCCGAGGGCCAUGUGUCUUCGUGCCCUGUGCGGCGAGCAGCCUUGCCGGCUGACCGAAUGUCUUUUGCACUUGCCCAGGAACAGGCCGGGCUCUUGCCAUGGGGCACUGUCGCCUCUGCCAUGGAAAGUUCUCCUCACGGAGUCUCCGCAGCAUUUCUGGCAGGGCCGCUGGGGAGAGUGCGGAAAGGCCACCCCCAGGCGAGCGUGUUUUCGUCAGGGACUUCCAGCACCUGCUGGGGGUGGCUGUCCACCAGGACCCAGCUCUGUCCCAGUUUGUCUGCAAGAACUGCCACACCCAGUUCUACCAAUGCCACGGCCUCCUCAAGUCCUUCCUGCAGAGAGUCAACGUCUCCCCCACAGGCCACCGCAAGACUUGCGCCAAGGUCGGUGCCCAGCCCCCACCAGGGGCGGAGGAGGGAGCGUGUCUGGUGGACCUGAUCACUUCGAGCCCCCAGGGCCUGCACGACUUGGUGGCCUGGGUACAUGGACACGCAGCCAGCUGCAGGGCCCUGCCUAGCCUCCAGAGGACGCUGUCCUCCGAGUACUGCGGUGUUAUCCAAGCCGUGUGGGGCUGUGACCAAGGCCACGACUAUACCAUGGACGCCGACUCCAGCUGCGGGGCCCUCUUGCUGGACAGUGCGUUGGCAGUCAAGUGGACAUGGGACAAGGAGAUGGCCCCGUGGCUCACCCAGCAUCGGGGGUCCAACCCUACUGGGGCUGCUCCUCAGAGCUCCCAGGGCAGAGCGACCACAGCUCCAGCCGAGACGGAGACGCUGCCUGGCGCGGACAUGGCCCAGCCUCCUUCAGAUGUCAGCCCUGUAGGGCCUGGGCCGUGCCCCCCUCCUCAGCCCAGCAUUCCCCCAAGUGGGGCCCCAGGGCGGUUGGGUGAGAAGCAGGUUCCGUCUUCAACCUCGGAUGAUCGGGUAAAAGACGAGUUCAGUGACCUUUCUGAGGGAGACAUCCUGAGUGAAGAUGACAAUGACAAGAAGCAGAGCACGCAGUCCUCAGAUGAAUCCUUUGAACCUUACCCAGGAAAGAAGGUCUCUGGUAAAAAGAGUGAAAGCAAAGAAGCCAGGAAGGCUGAAGAACCAAAAACGCGCAAGAAGCCCGGCCCCAAGCCCGGCUGGAAGAACAAGCUUCGCUGUGAGAGGGAGGAGCUGCCCACCAUCUACAAGUGCCCUUACCAGGGCUGCACGGCCGUGUACCGCGGGGCCGAUGGCAUGAAGAAGCACAUAAAGGAGCACCAUGAGGAGGUCCGGGAGAGGCCGUGCCCCCACCCCGGCUGCAACAAGGUGUUCAUGAUCGAUCGCUACCUGCAGCGCCACGUGAAGCUGAUCCACACAGAGGUGCGGAACUAUAUCUGUGAUGAGUGUGGACAGACCUUCAAGCAGCGCAAACACCUUCUCGUCCACCAGAUGCGCCACUCGGGAGCCAAGCCUCUGCAGUGUGAAGUCUGUGGGUUCCAGUGCCGGCAGCGGGCCUCCUUGAAGUAUCACAUGACUAAGCACAAGGCUGAGACUGAGCUGGAUUUUGCCUGCGACCAGUGUGGCCGGCGGUUCGAGAAGGCCCACAACCUCAACGUGCACAUGUCCAUGGUCCACCCUCUGACGCAGACGCAGAACAAGGCCCUGCCCCUGGAGCCGCCGUGUGGGACUACAGAGGGCCAGGCUGUGAAGCCCGAGCCCACCUGAGCUCAGGCGGUAAAUGGGGUUAAGAUGGUUUCGGUAGUCCUUCACUCAAGGCCUGAUGGCACAGCCUCGCCUGCUCCCCCGGGGCCCCUGGGCCGCGUCCCCCCACCUGUGCGUCAGGACGGGGGUCACUGAGCAACAUACGGUGAACUUGGCUCACCAUGCAACUCCCGUAGCCUUUCCAGCCUCUGCUCUGGGACCAGCAUUUACCUCCCAUUCUGAGUGACUUGGGGCCAGAUGGAUUUUAAAUCACUGAUUCCUAUUCCUACUAAAGCAAUCAAGGAGAUUGUAAUCCACUUUCUAGUGCAAGAGCUUCAUGUUAUGCUUGUAAUAAAUUAUUUACAAAGGA